UCCAUCCGUGAUCUGCUCAACGAGCGACGGAUUCGGCUACCUCAGUACGCGCCAGGCACCUACAACCACGCGCUGUGCCCCGAGUGCCAGGGCGGUGACAAGGGCGAGAAGAGUCUGAGUGUGACGAUAGAGGAGGGGAGCGACGCGGCGAUGUGGAACUGCUUCCGCGCCAAGUGUGGCUGGACAGGGCGCGUCAACACGCGCCAGGGCACCAGCAAGGCAUAUCGCCAGUACACAAACGAAUCAGGUUUCGAUGCCGAACUGUCGCCAGAGGUGGUGAAUUUCUUUGCCGGUCGGGGCAUUACCGCUGCCACGCUGGUGCGAAACCGUGUGGCACAGGAGACGCUGGCAGAUGGCUCCACUGCCAUUGCCUUUCCCUACUACAGAGACAGCCAGCUGGUGAACAUUAAGUAUCGGUCAGUUGGGGAGAAGAAGUUCUGGCAGGUUCGUGGGGCAGAGAAGGUGUUGUUUGGCCUGGAUGACGUGGUGGGACAGAGCGACAUCGUAGUGGUGGAGGGAGAGAUGGACAAGCUGGCACUGGAGGAGGCGGGGUUCACAAACGUGGUGUCGGUGCCAGAUGGUGCGCCUGCACGGGUGAAGGAGGGCGAGGUGCCUCCUGCCGAUCAGGAUACCAAGUUUUCCUACCUGUGGAACUGCCGAGCUUGGCUGGACCAGGCCACUAAGGUCGUGAUUGCCACGGACAAUGAUGCCCCUGGCGACGCGCUGGCUGAAGAGCUGGCGCGGCGUCUUGGGCGUGAGCGGUGUUGGCGGGUGCGGUGGCCACUGAAUAAGGAGGACCACCAGUAUGCGGCAGAGGUGACUGGCGUGGCGUACGUGCCCCAGGAACAGGAGUCCGGCAGUAGCACAACUGGCAACUCGGUGGCGGCAGCAGCCAACGUGCAGCAGCAGCAGCUGCAGGGGGUAGGAGAGGCUGCAGCCGACAGGUCGUCUGCCAUCGAGGCGGGGGCUGAGGCGCUGCAGCUGCGCGUGCAGCCGGCGUUUUAUCGUAAGGACGCCAAUGAGGUGCUGAUGCGGGAUGGAGCCGCCAUGCUGCGCGCCUUUCUGCUCAACGCCGAGCCCUUCCCCAUCCGUGGCCUGCUCAGGUUCCAUGAGUACUACGAUGACAUAAUGAAGUACUACCGCCUGGAGCACAAGGACGGGCAGGGCCGCUCCACGGGCUGGCCUGCGCUGGACCAGUUGUACAAGGUGGUGCCUGGCGAGCUGACCAUCGUGACGGGUGUGCCCAACAGCGGCAAGAGCGAGUGGAUUGACUCGCUGCUGGCAAACUUGGCGGAGCAGCACGACUGGUGCUUUGCGCUGUGCUCCAUGGAGAAAAAGGCCACCGACCAUGCGCGCCAGCUUGUGGAGAAGUACAUCGGCAAGCCGUUUUUCGACCUGCCCUAUGCACGUGGCGUGCGGCGAAUGAGCGAGCGUGAGCUGGACGAGGGGCUGGACUGGAUCGAUGACCGCUUCCACCUGGUCAGGUACGAGGAUGAUGCUCUGCCGGCAGUGGACUGGGUGCUGGAUGUGGCACGUGCCGCCGUCUACCGCUAUGGCAUCCGUGGCCUGGUCAUUGAUCCGUACAACGAGCUGGACCACCAGCGCCCCGCCUCCAUGAACGAGACCGAGUAUGUGAGCCAGAUGCUGACCAAGGUCAAGCGCUUUGCGCAAACUACGGGCGUACAUGUGUGGUUUGUGGCGCAUCCGCGCCAGCUUCGCGAUUGGAAGGGGCAGGCGCCCAACCUGUAUGACAUUUCCGGCUCGGCUCACUUCAUCAACAAGGCCGACAAUGGCAUCGUGGUGCACCGGGACAGGGACCCAGAGUCUACUGUGCAGCACAAGGUGAACAUUCUGGUGCGCAAGGUGCGCAACAAGGCGGCAGGCACCAUUGGCGACUGCGUGCUCGAGUAUGAGCGAGUCAAUGGGCGGUACAUUGAC